AUGUUCCCUUGUCACGUAACUGUCUGGCCUGCCUCUGAGCCCGUUGCUGCUUGCGGCGGUCAUGCACCAGCACCGCAACCUUCACAACCGCUCCCCGAUUUGCUGUGCAGCUGUCCUGCAGCACCGUUGAGCACCCACUCUGAAACGCCGUCCCCAGAUCCCAUGGAGUCCCUUAUUGUGGUGACAGAAUGUGAACCAAGCAGACCAUCUGGAGCGCCCGACGGGGAGGAGGAGGUAGAAGAAAUGGACAGCUCUGAAACACCGACACCACCCUUCCCCACUCUGUCCUGUGACCUCCUCUCUCACACAGUCGGUCGCUCAGAGGCUCUGCUGCCAGCUGGUGAGGAGCAAAGAGCCCGGCUGAACCUGUCUGACAGGAAACUGUCACUGCAAGAACGCUCGCAAACGCAGACAUCCCCCUGCACCUCCCCGGGACUCAAUGGUCGCUACAUUUAUCCGUCGUUACCCUACUCCCCCAUCACAUCGCCCCACUCCUCUCCACGCUUGUCUCGCAGGCCCACUGUGGAAUCCCACAGUGUCUCAAUCACAGACCUCCAGGACUGCGUUCAACUCAACCAGUACAAGUUGAAAGAUGAGAUUGGAAAGGGCUCCUACGGUGUUGUCAAGCUGGCUUACAACGAAGACGACAACACCUACUAUGCCAUGAAGGUUCUGUCCAAGAAAAGGCUGAUGAGGCAAGCAGGUUUCCCACGACGACCACCCCCUCGGGGGGCCAAAGCAUUCCCCGAGGGGACCCCGCAGCCCAAAGGGCCCCUGGAGCGGGUUUACCAAGAGAUUGCCAUCUUGAAAAAGCUGGACCAUUCUAAUGUGGUCAAACUUGUAGAGGUUUUGGAUGACCCCAGUGAGGACCAUCUGUACAUGGUGUUUGAGCUGGUCAAGCAAGGUGCUGUGAUGGAGGUGCCAACAGAUAAACCUUUCAGCGAGGACCAGGCUCGCUUUUAUUUCCAGGAUCUGCUCAGGGGAAUCGAGUAUUUGCAUUACCAGAGGAUCAUCCACAGAGACGUCAAGCCCUCUAACCUGUUAGUGGGAGAGGACGGACACAUCAAGAUCGCUGACUUCGGUGUCAGCAACCAGUUCGAGGGGACCGACGCCCUCCUGACAAGCACUGUAGGAACACCCGCAUUCCUCGCCCCCGAAACGCUAUCUGAUACUAGGAAGAACUUCUCAGGCAAGGCUUUGGAUGUUUGGGCAAUGGGUGUGACACUUCAUUGUUUUGUCUUUGGAGUGUGUCCAUUUAUGGAUGAGCGCAUCCUCAGCCUCCAUCAAAAAAUCAAGACGCAACCAGUGGAAUUACCCGAAAAUGCUGACAUAUCAGAUGACCUCAAAGAUUUGUUGUUGAAAAUGCUAGACAAGAAUCCAGAAACAAGAAUAUCAAUUCCACAAAUUAAGGUGCACCCAUGGGUGACGAGACAUGGUGCAGAGCCCCUCCCACCAGAAGAUGACAAUUGUUGUAUGCUGAUAGAAGUGACGGAGGAGGAAGUGGAGAAUUCGGUGAAACACAUUCCGAGCCUGGCAACAGUGAUUCUGGUGAGAACCAUGUUGAGAAAGCGCUCCUUCGGGAACCCCUUCGACUGGGCACGUAAAGAGGGAUGCAGCAGCUUGUGCACGUCAGGACAGAUGAAACAGCAGCCUGAAGACAGCAUGAGGAGCAUUGAGCAGCCUUAUGUUGGAGAAAACGAAGCUCUUUCCUAA